ACUUCGCGUUCAGUUAGUCGUGUCUACGGCGUCACACGAAAAGCACGCGCGGCUCUCCUCAGAACCGGCAUCCGAAUAAUGUUUCAGUGUUUGACAAACUCAAUCGGAGGUCUCGGAAGAAGUACCGUCUUUAAUUUACACUGUACCAAUCGCAUAUUCUCAGUGAGUGUAACGCAGUGUGUACGAAAAAAACUUUGUCGAAGAUUCUGAAGAAUCUUGUGUAAAAUUGUGUAAUUUGCCGGUAGCAGCCGGAUUGCACAAAAACUUUUUGGCGGUGUGCGUGGACUGAUCGCGCGCAUCGUCCCUGUGAUAAGAGGGCCCUGUGAUAUCGACGAGUUCGUCUUAGCUUUAAAACUAGAUAGUAAUUAGAUAUACUUUGAAAAUGUCGCCACCACUUGACAUACUCCAGUUGGACGUUUGGGGGGAAUUCGAACCCUUGGAUGACAUUACCUUAUCAGCGACUUCAGAAUUCUGGUCACAAGUGGAAUACGAAACGGAGAGAAUAGACACCGAUUCCACGUUUAGCUUGAUGCAAGAAAAUGAAGCCGAUUGGAGGGUAGCAGAGACACCUGAGGAACACAAAGACAAUAUUGUACAUCACGAUUGCAUGUGGGCAGGCUACUGUAUAGACACAGGGUUGCCGAACACCUUUGUCCCGACGGACUUAAGAGUGGCUGCUCCGGGAGAGAGCGUGCUGCGCCGAGAUCGGGAUAUGUCACCUCCCCGACCAGACACUCCACCGACUUUGGACGGAGAUGAGCACCCUCCGUUCCGUCAUGUUGUGGAUGUCACCAGCACAGCUUUGAGGCUGUUGAGGGAUACCAGAGCCGUGGCAGCAGACCAUUCGUACACGGCGCGUCAACACUUCGAGUGCCUUGGCGUUCAGACACCUUCUGACUCGGGAGAAUCAGAGGAAGAAAUCGACGUUGUAUCGCUCGGUACAACCAGUAACCAACCGUUGGCUUCAACAUCUCGCGCGGACUACAGUGGAGGUUCGUCUGCUUCAGAACGGUAUAUACAAGCCCCCGUAGAAGUUAACGUGACACCGAGGCCGGUGGCUAGAAAGCGCUUAGUACCACCCACAGGCGUCACAUCUGCCGUGCCUCGGCGGCGGAGAGGCCCCGGCAGACGUGGCCGCUCCAAUACUGACACAGACUCUGAAGCCGAGUCUCCUGAAAUUGAACGUCGUUCCAUUCACAAUGAUAUGGAACGUUUACGGCGCAUAGGUCUCAAAAAUCUCUUUGACGAACUCAAAAAGCAAAUUCCAGCCACAAAAGAUAAGGAACGUGCGCCGAAGGUCGUUAUAUUGCGUGAAGCGGCCGCCUUGUGUCGUAAACUUCGCGAAGAUGAACUAGAGCGCGAUUAUCUUAAAAAACAGCAAAACAAGCUGAUUACUAAACUGAAGAAACUUCGUACCAUGCUCUCAGCACGCUAUCGUCCCUAUUGAGUAACUUAGACAAGUUGUUGGAAACUCAACAAUGUGACGCCGAGGGCCGCGGUCUUCCGAGUGACGCGUACGGACGAGUGAAUGAAAAUUCAACUCGUCCAAAUUUUGUACAAUUUUGUAACAUACGAAGAUUGGUUAAACCUUAUGUGUUAUAGAUUCCAGAAUCUUCUGGUACACGAAACGUUUGUUAAAUAUUGUAUUUAGUCAACUUUUACGGCUUACUCUGCUUCUGUGGACCGCGUGGUAGCAUAGCUGAAGCAUAAAGAUUGUUUGCUCAAACGAUGUACAUAGCAGUGCCAAAGUGAGCCAUAAAACCGUUGUUUAUAAAUCCUAAGUCUUCAUUGAAAUAAACUUAAUAGUGACAGACUGCUUCGUAAACUAAGUAGACUGGUAUUUACCUCUAAAAUGAUUUUUGAUUCAUAAAUAAUAGAUUAGAUCGAUGACAUACAAUUUAUCUCAUUUGUUCAACAGGAAUUUUGCAAAAUGAAUCGAAAGCAAACUUUUAGUUGAACCGGGCAUGGCAGUCUGUUAUAAUGCUGUACAUACACGGUUCUAACUUGAUGAGAUAGGCUGGCGCGAGAAGGUGUCGAUGACUUUGGUGGUGAAGUCGCUGGCCGUUAUAUAUGUUUUCGGGCCGAUUCGUAGGACUUUUAUUUUCCCAAAAUCUCGCUUAAUGGCGAGAACAGGGUAGUAUGUCAUUAUUGUUUAACUUGAUAUUAUUGUAAGUUUAAACUACCUAGAUUAGCUUAUUUUUUUAGUGUUUUUGUUAUUCUGUAAAUGUUAACAAUUUUACGUGAUUUUAUGUAUUUAGUCGCGCAAUUAACCUCAACCAAUUUUGAACCAGUGAUUGAUUUUAUUGACAGUCUUCAUUUAUUUUAACUAUUCACAAGAUUAGUUUAUCUACAUUCAGUACUGCGCCAUUAUCAAUAUAUAUAUAUAAACAUGAAAAUUUGUAUUUGAUUCAUGUUACAAAAUAUUAUUUUUUUAUAAAGUUUUCUUAAUGACAAUUUUUAAAUUUGAUUUACUGACGAUACUUGGACCGUUGUAGUUAAUACGUAGAAAUAUAUUCUUUCAUUGCAUUUUCAUAUGUAUGUGUAUAACGUAUAUUCGGAAAUAAGUUUAUGUUAAUAUUUUUUUACGCCUUAUGUAUUCCAGUGAUUAUAAAUACUAAAGUAUAAUCUCAGUGACUGCUGUCCGAAACAAAAUAGACUGUGUAUUUUGAUAAUAACAUCAAAACCUACGUUUGCAGGUCACCCGAAUAGGGUUUUAACAUAAAUACCCACGAAAUAGUUCCUCAUAGUACCUACUGAUAGAAAAUUUUGCAUUUUCUUUUAUUAUAAUAUAUUUUUAUUCAGUAAGUUAGUGGUAUAUUUGCGAUGUUAAGACUAAAUCAACAAAGCCUGGUCGGAAAUGUGAUCGUUGGAAUCAUAUAGAAAAUUGUCGAUAGCUUGUUACCAUUUUGGGCCAGGCUACACAAAGGUGAUGUUUUAUCAAGCACAUGUCAGCAGAUAUGUAAAGUUGAAGGCUUUAAUUGUGUGCGGAAUGUGCCUUGCUAUGUACAUAACAUAUUAUAUAAUAUUAGGUUUAUACUCGAAUUAGUUGCAAGAAAUAUUUUUUGUGAGAAAUAUUAUCGUAGAGAUAGCGUUGUUCUGUAAGUAGUAAGUACACCAAGAAGUUUAAUAGUGAUCGUGUUAAAGAUUAACAGUUUAUCUUCCAGUAGUCUUAAAUGUAAAUUAUAGAGAUUAGAGCGUAGGAGUGUUUCAUCUUUUUUUUUUUUACUAACGAGUUUUUUUUUUGUAAUAGUUUUUUUUUUCAUAACUGGAGAGUUACGAAUUCUCGAAUGUUGUACCUGCAUUUAAUUUUGUUAAUCUUGACAUAAAUAAUAGAUAUUGUGAAAGGUUUAGUUAUGUGAAAGUAACAUUGGUUUUAUGGUGAUAAAACUUUUAAUAAUUUUCACGUAAGGAAAAGUCAGUAGGUAAUGUUUUAUUUUUAAGGAGUACCAGCUUUAUAAUCGGUAGUGACAAGACAGAACGAACGAAACUGCGUUAACAAGGCACAUUUCCACCACUGCCAAACGAAAUAGAGAAAUAAAAACAGUUUGUAUAUGUUAAAUUUAAGAUUGAUUAAGUCAUGUUAUAGUUUAAUUUUUAUUACAUUUUUUCUUAUAAAGUAUCCUUACGUAAGAAAGACCUAACCGUCGCCUGGCUUAAGGGACCAAUCGAAGGGUGUAAGUUUUUAAUUGUGUCGAUUGGUGUAUUGUACAGUUUGACGGGUGGCUCGACCGGCCAAUGAUGUGUCUGUGCGCAGGCGACGGUUGCCCGCCGCCGCUACAGAGAAUGCAAGGCGCAAUACGAAUUCCGCCUAAUAUAAACGUUGCACUUUGCAAUCUUUGAAGCGGCGUCCUAGUUAUCUAUGACUUGAGUGUACUUACCACGUCCUGACUUUUGGAUACUAUUAUUAUGAGGAGAAAAGUUUUUUUUUUUUGGUUUUUGUUCCUUAAUUAUUUGUAUCAAAAACAUUAAGAUAAUCAUUAAAUAUGAUAAUAAAAUUAUGGUUGAAUGAAAGCAGAGCGCGGAAGCAGUUGGCUAUUGAUUGUGAUUUUAUAUGAUUUUGGUGUAGUUUGGAUAAGGCUAAAUUAGAGUUUAGAAACUGUGAUUUUAUGUACCUGUGUGGUACAAUGGGAGAUGUUUCCUACACUCUGCUUUUGCUCGCCUGAA